GGUUAGCUAACGUGGGGUUAGCCUGUUAUGGCAGCGGAGGGAGAAACAACGGAGGGGCUGUCUGAUUACACGGGACUGGCGAAGACUAGUUCUGGGACGUGAUUCGGAAAGAUAACGCCACAUACCGGAAGCCCGGGGAACGUCUUCCUGGCUGGAAACCAAAACAGUAGAGAGAGAGCCUCAAAUCACCGGACAGCCACAGUUAGUGCAACAUGGACCCGGCAGCCGCGGAGCGUCCGACAUUCACCGGCCGCCGUCGAGUGUAGUUCUCCGCAGCCGCAGUCUGACUUCAGCGGCUGGAGCCACGAGAAUCUUUGUUCGGUUUUUUUUUUUUUUCCUCCAUGGGACACGGUCGGGCUUCCCCGCCGCGUUGUCGUUGUUUCCCCGCCGCUGACAGCUCUCCCCUCGGUUGGUAUCGACUGGCCGACGAGCCCCCCGCAUCGCAUGGACUCCUAACAGGAGUUUGUUGGCUUUUCUGUGGGUCGGCUCCUCUCUGACGGACGCGGCAGUCAUGUUUGCGGUGCGCAUCGUCACCGCGGACUUCUAUCUGGCGAGACCCGUGAAGGACCUGGACGUGUGCUACUCCGACUUCAGGGAGAGCGACGUGAAGAGAGUGCCGGUGGUGCGGAUAUUCGGAUCAACGCCCGCAGGUCAGAAGACAUGUCUUCACAUUCAUGGUGUGUUCCCUUACAUCUACGUGCCAUACGAUGGCUACGGGCAGCAGUCAGAGCGCUACCUGCGGCAGGUGGCCUUCAGCAUCGACAGGGCCAUCAAUGUUGCCAUGGGAAACCCAUCCUCCAGCAUCCAGCAUGUCUUCAAAGUGGUGCUGGUCUCUGGCAUGCCUUUCUAUGGCUACCACGCCAAAGAGAAGCACUUCAUGAAGAUCUAUCUGUUCAAUCCUCAGAUGGUCAAAAGGGUGUGUGAGCUGUUGCAGAGUGGUGCAGUGAUGAACAAAAGUUACCAGCCCAACGAGGGCCACAUCCCCUUCCUGCUGCAGUUCUUUAUAGACUACAACCUGUACGGCAUGAACCUGGUUAACUUGGGAGCUGUCAAGUUCCGCAGGAGCCCGAACAAAGUAGCCCCAGACAGGCAGACGUCCAGCAGUGGUCCCAGAAUUAGCCCCUGGAAGAGCCCCUGCACCUCCAAGCUCAACGACAGCACCCUGGGGGGCACGUUUGUCCGCUGGGAGGAGAAUGCCCUACCCUGCUCAUUAGUCCUGGAAGAGGUGGAGAAGCAAAGCACUUGUGAGCUGGAGGUUGAUGCUGUAGCUGUAGACGUCCUCAACCGCCUGGAAAUUGAAAAUCAGAUUGGCAGGAACCCCGGCCUUCAGGCUAUCUGGGAGGAUGAGAGGCUGAGGAGGAGAGAGAAGAACCAGGCCACCCAGAUAGAAACCCCUGAGUCACAAGAUCGUGGUUCCGUCACUUCAACAGAGAGCGAGAAAAUCUUCAUGAAGAGGUUUAAGGAGAUCCUGAAAGAGAACGAGUUUGACGUGACACAAGCUUCAUCCAUGGCUGACGAGGAGGAGGACCAAGAGGAUUUUCUCGCUGACCUCACUCUCCAUUCAGAUGACCUGACUCCAGAGGGACUACCCUGUACCCCUGCUAACGCUGUGGAGGUGCACAGGGACUCUCAGCCAGACUCAGUGAGAAGCAGUGGUAAAAUCCCUGAGGAGGCUGUGGUUGAUGAGGAGGCCAUCUUGAGUCUUCUGGAGAACAGUCAGACCUUCCUCCCGCUCUCCCAAACGUCCAACCACUCACCUCUGUUAGACAGCAGCCAAGACCAUGCCAUCAUCGAUCUGCUGGCAGGCCUGGAGGACGAUGGUUUCUCCAUCGGGCAGAAUUCCCAGUCUCUACCUGGUGCCAGAAGUUACCACUGCAACAGUGAUGAGGAGGAGGAAAGUCCGGAGUUGGACAAAGAAGAGGCAGAGCUCAGCAUGAUUAUGUCACAACGAUGGGACAACAAGGCCCCUGAGAGUUCAUCAUUACCAAGGCCGGGUGUGAAGGAGGCAGAGGACGGCUUCAGUGAGGAGCAGCAGGAUUCCUCUGAUGAAGACAUGGAAUGGAGUGGGAAUAACUCUCUGUUCGCCAACCUGUCCAUUCCCCAGCUCGACGGGGCGGCAGAUGAGAGCAGCGAUUCAUCCUUAACGGAGAGUAGUCCGAGGUCCCAAUCGUCUCUCAUAGUCACAGAAAAGAUGCUUGGGAAAAGAAAUCCCUUCCCUGGGGAGACAGUCUGCCUGGAACCACCUUCUUCGGCUAAGAUCCUUCUGGAGUGCAAGCACCCUGAGCACAGACCAGUUCAUAUGCUGGACACAGAGCAACCUCUUGACAAGCACUUUCAAUCAAAAAGCUGCCAGGAUAGCAGUAGUGAAUGUUCAACAGGGUUCAAGGUUAAUAAAGGAAUCCCCUACAUCCCACCAGUCAAGCACCCGAUCCCCUGCAAAAUAGUCAAUCACCCCGAGGUGUCUCCUAUCUGUGUUAACAAAGAGGACAUGCGUCCCAUUUACUCCUAUGACAAGGAACCCUCUAUAGCCUUGGAUAAUACAGAUCUAGAAAGUUUCCCAUUUGGUAAUGGAAAGGUGGCCAAAAGUAGGAAGAAGUAUGACAGCAUAAAGAAUGUAGAAACCAACUGUCUCUCCAUUCUUCAGAACCACAGGACCUUCUCUCUGUGUUACUCAGAGCUGAGAAACUGCUCAUUGAAGACAGAUUUGGAGUUAAGCCAGAAGGACAAUAAAAGCCCCAUCAUAAGGAACAUGUCCUCAGCCCCGUCACCCAUGGAGGAGGAUGAGUUCCUUGAUCCUCAGCAGGAAGAAAUGGGCCAGGACAGUGAGGAGGGAGAUGUUGGUGAACUCAAAAUCAGGUACGAGGACUAUCAGGAAAAUAAGACGGAGAGGACUAUUGUGGCCCAGCAGGAAGCACACUACAAGUUCUUUCCCAGUGUCAUCCUCUCAAACUGCCUCAGUAGGAAGAAAGUUGGGAACAAAAAGUUGACUCCUGCAGAUUCCUGCAGUAAACUAGUAGAGGCCCAGCCUCGCAGGUCUAGGCUAAAAGUGACAAAAAAAAGGUUAGGAAUGACAGGACAAAAGAAUACAUUUAACAUAGUUGAAAGCUCUACCUCUGACAGCCAGAUUACCACUAGCUUCACCUCAAACACGUCUGCUUGUACACAGACUGUGGACACAGAGAUGCCAAAUUCAGAUGAAAAGUCAAACGAGGCUGAGCCACUGAAAGAUGGGCUCAUCACAGAUGAAAAGCCAAACACAGAAGAUGAACCAGAAACAAAUGAGAAGUGUAUAGAUGAAAGGACAGAGCAGUUUUCACAGCCGCCUGCCACCAACUCCGCCACUGUUUUCUGUUUUUCUGAGGAGAGUAGAGAAGCUGCAGAGGAUAGGUUAAGCCCAUUUCUAGAUAAUGUCACCUAUACCACACCUUCAGCCCUUCCCGGGAGUAAAUACACUCUGAGGGCCAAACGGAAGAUGAUUUAUGACAGUGAGGAUGGAGAACAAUCAAGUUCAAUUCCUUCUAAAAAUGCAGCUUCAGUCAAGGGUAGCAAGCUCAAGGGCAGCAAUGUCUGCAGUGGGCCGGAAGUAAAAUACCAGAAACGGUGCAAGAAAGAACCCCCUGUCAUCAUCAAGUACAUUAUUAUCAACAGGUUUAAAGGACAGAAAAAUAUGCGGGUGAAAAUGUCCAAAAUAAAUCCUGAGGAGCAGUUGGUGUUGCUGACACCAGAUAAGCUACAGCUGUACAAUAAAAUGGCUCCUCUCAGAGAUUUUUGGCCCAAGGUGCCAGAAUCCACUGCAGUCAGGUUUCCUAUCAUUGAGCCAAAGGCCAAGAAACAGCCCAAAAGAAAAGCAAAGGUCAACUCCACCAGUAAGAAAACAUUCAGCAUCUCCACUAAACCUAAAGUCAGGAUGGGGGAAAGUGUUAAAAGGACUAAAGGUUGUCAGCGAGGCCCAAUUCUAUCCUCUCUACUACCGCCCAGGCCGUCUUACUGUGAGCAAGUUGAUGACCAGGACAUUGAGUAUACAGAUGUCAUGGCCGAGUUGGGUUACCUCUCUGAUAGAUCCCCAAGCCCUACAGACUCAACUCCUCCACGUUGUUGGUCCCCAAGUGACCCUUUUAUGGACAGCUCCAAGCAGCUGAUAAACCCACUCAGUGACCCGUCUCUUAGUUCUACUUUUCCAAAGUCAAGCACUGUGUCUUCAACCAAACGAGCACAAAAUAAGUGUAGAACUGUCAGAUCUAAGAAAGCCGCGGAUAGUAAAAGAAAAAUUAGCAAGUCAGUUACUAAGCCUCCAGAGGAACAAGAGCCCCAAAAAGAGAAGCUAAGGCAAAGGAAUGUUGGUGCUCCAAGGCAGAAUAAAAAGGCUAAAGAUGUUGCUGAAGGUACAGUCAACAGUUCUACAACUACUACAAAACCUAAAAGGUCUCGCAAAAAGAAGCCUGAGGAACCCAAAAGUCAUGAGUUAAGUAAAGACAGCUCGCAGCUCCUUUUCCCAGAAGAUGACCUCCCUCCCUCUGAGAACUCCUCUCAGGAGGUCACUUCAUUUCAGCAGCCAGUGAGCACAGAUUGCAACAACCAGGGCACUUCCCAGCCAACAUCUACAUCAGACUCCAAUUCAGUUGCUCAGUCAUUAGAACCAAAGGUUGAGGACUAUGAGACUUCAAUAACGGAAGUAAACCAAAGCUUUUCACCACCUAUUCAGCUGAAGCAACAAAGUUGCCAGACCACUGUGGUAAAGGCAGAAGCCUCACAGGAGGAGUGCACAGCUCCUACACCUCCUCUGCUUGGUCGACUUUUACCGGAAGACAAUAAAGAUCCCCAAGCAGCAGUAACCUCCCCACACUCAGGCCUUAAAAAUGGGGAGACCCCACCACUUCAUGAGAACCCUUCUGGCUUGGCUGUUCUCAAGCAGCUUCUCCAGAAGAGGCAGCAAGCACAGACCCUUCCCCUACAAGUGGUUGGUACAGAGAGCCACUACACUGCCAUAGCUCAAGCUGCGGCACUACUAGAUCCUACAACUAAACCAGCUAAAACCAGAAAAGCUCCCUCCACCACUAAUCGUAAACCAAGGGUCCCAAAAUCUACCACCCCUAAGGAUAAAAAGCCCAGAAUUAGGAGAAGCAAGAUGAGCAAUACUCAGCCAAAUGUUCCAGACAAGGACAGUAUGUCAGAUGACUACCCCCUCAUUAUGUCAGACCCAGGUCUGGACACCUGCAACUUAAUAGAGGACAGCUUGUCACCAGAGCUCCCACACAACUAUAACUUUGACAUAAAUGCUAUUGAUCAGACGGAAUUCUCCAGCCCUUAUAGUGGUAGCCAAUUUGUCCUGACUGAUAAAAACUUACCAGUGAAGUUCCUAAGUGAUGUUAGCCAGGAAGCUGUAUCAGCUCAGACACUGGACAUUGAGAAAAACAAUGAUAGGUUGUUUGGUUAUGGAGAUGAGCUCCAAAGGAUUUCUGAUUGGCACAAAGCAAGGCCUGCCAGUCCUGACCUCUUUGAUAGAUCUGAGAACAGGGUGCCUGUAACUAAUCACCUCACAUUUCUUGACUCUGAGAGAAUCAAGAGCAAAGAGUGGGACUUCUCUUUAUGUAAAGCCCAAACCCUCAGCCCCUUUCAAGACUUUCACUGUGAGAGAAAAGAGCUGCUCUUCUCAGUUUUUGAUCCUGUCCUACCACUACCUUUAAGUUCAGCAUCCUUUCUUGACCAUGAGGGCUCACCAACAGGGGAAUUUUUGGAAGGCACUGACGGACUCACCUCCACCACACCUAGUAGCUCCCCCCGAUCCAUCGGCUCAGUGUCCCAGGUGAGGGCAAGCCAGCUGCCACGGGGGGCAGGAGGUGGAGCCCACAUUCUCAAGCCCCUCAUGUCCCCUCCAAGCCGGGAAGAGAUCUUCAACACUCUGCUGGACCUGGAGAUAUCGGAGGCUACCUUCCAGGAGCCCUUCUGCAGCGACCCGUCUGAUGCCCCUGGGAAACCCAUGGAGGUUGGUGGCCGUAAACUAACGGUGGGUACCAGACUGGCAAAGGAGCUAUCUGAGUUCAGUGGAGACCUGUCUUUGGAGGGCCUCCAUUUCUGGAAAACAGCCUUCUCAGUCAUGACACACCCUCCCACCACUAUUACCUCAUCUUCCCAAGCCCAGGGAGCUGAACCCUCAGUGGCAAGUAAAGAUCAGGCUGAGUCUGACCCUUCCUCAGCCAGUGACAAGAAGGUCAUUCUCCUGCCUUGCAAAAACCCACCAAACCGAGAGCAUGUGUGCCAGUGGCUGGAAGCCAAGAAACAGUACGAGUGUUUACAAAAAUGGCGGAGAGACACAGGGCUGCUGAAUAACGACAGGGCUGGGUUGAAUGUUGAGGAGGAAAACCCAGAAAAUUCCGUGCAGCCGUCAGCUUCCUGCUGCUCUGCAGUGACGUUUGAGCUGUGUGGGAACCUUUCCAGCAUCAGAAGUCAAAGGAGAAAGAAAAGGAGCCUGUCCCUAAUCAUGUCUCCUAUGAAGAACACAGGCUGUCUAAGUAAAUCCUCAGAAGAAAGUCCAGUUUCAGAUGAAGGUGCUGUGGAUCUUGAGCGGGAGGAGGAACAAGGAAAAGACACUGAUGACGACGACGAUGAUGAUAAUAAAGCUUCAUCUCCAGAGUCACCAGAGCUGCCUCCAUGGCAGCAGUCCUGUCAGCCCAGCCCCUCAGGCCCAGAGCAGCUCAGCGAAAAAAGGGAAAGUGAAAACUCUCCAGAACCACUGUCACCGAGGCUCUCUAACUCCCUGGAGAGACUAGGAGACAACUACAGUCUCUCACCCCUUCAUCGUAGUAAUAUGGACGAGGGAAGGACGAGUCCACAUCUUCUUCACAGUACCCCCUUCCUAAGGAGGAGACAGAGAAGAGAGGAAAAGUUGGAGCUAGUGUGCAGUACGCCCAUAUCUGAGGAGAAUCCCAUUUCUGAGAGACUCCAGCAGAAGAGGAGAAGCCAGACAGGCGCCCUGAGAAGAGUGUUGCUGACCACACAGAUACAGAACCAGUUUGCUGCUUUGAAUGUGCCAAAGAAAGAGACCUCUCAGAUUGAAGGGCCCAGCAUAGCCAACUCCUAUGGCUUCAAAGUCAGUAUGCAGAACUUGCAGGAUGCCAAAGCUCUGCAUGAGGUCCAGUACCUAACACUGAUGGGCAUGGAGCUCCAUGCAAGGACCCGCCGUGACCUCGAACCUGACCCUGAGUUCGACCCCAUAUGUGCCUUAUUCUACUGCCUCAGUUCUGAUGUUCCCCUGCAGAGUAUAGAAAGCACCGUUCUAACUGGUGCCAUUGUGGUGGACAAAGAUUGUCAAAAUUGUGAUCAAGGUGACAAACGAACAGCGCCCCUGCUGGUCAGGUCGGGCGUCUCUGGGCUGCAGGUUAAAUAUGCCACCGAUGAGAAGAUGCUGUUUCAGGAGCUGAUUUCUAUAAUGAGGAGGUAUGACCCUGAUAUCCUGCUGGCAUACGAGGUGCAGAUGCGUUCCUGGGGCUACCUGUUCCAGCGGGCGGCGGUGCUUGGUGUGGGCCUAUGUCAGCAGCUGUCACGUGUGCCAGGUGACUCCGUAGAGAACCGCUUCACUGCAGACAGGGACGAGUACGGAGCCGACACCAUGACUGAGAUCAACAUCAUCGGACGCAUCACCCUCAACCUGUGGAGGGUGAUGAAGACUGAGGUGACAUUGAACAACUACAGUUUUGAGAAUGUGGCUUUCCAUGUGCUCCACCAGCGCUUCCCCCUGUACAGCCCCCGCACACUGUCUGACUGGUUUGACCACAACACAGACUUAUACAGGUGGAAGAUGGUUGACCACUACGUGAGCAGAGUGCGCGGCACCAUGCAGCUUCUGCAGCAGCAGGACAUCAUCGGCAGAACCAGUGAGCUGGCAAGGCUGUUCGGGAUUCAGUUCUACCAUGUUCUGACCCGAGGAUCCCAGUACCGCGUUGAGUCCAUGAUGCUACGUGUGGCCAAGCCUCUGAACUACAUCCCCAUCACACCCAGCGUCCAGCAGCGAGCCCAGCAGAGGGCGCCUCAGUGCAUCCCACUGGUGAUGGAGCCUGAGUCGCGCUUCUACAGUAACUCGGUGGUUGUGCUGGACUUCCAGUCACUCUAUCCCUCCAUUGUCAUCGCAUACAACUACUGCUACUCCACCUGCCUGGGCCACAUGGACAGUCUGGGAACGCCUGAUGAGUUUAAGUUUGGCUGCACCUCUCUGAGAGUUCCUCCUGAGCUUCUUUACCAGCUCCGCAACGACAUCACUGUGUCACCCAAUGGCAUCGCCUUCGUCAAGUCCUCAGUGCGUAAAGGAGUCCUGCCCAGCAUGCUGGAGGAAAUCCUCAACACAAGGAUCAUGGUGAAGCAGUCAAUGAAAAGCUACAAGCAGGAUAAAGCCCUCAUGAAGCUGCUUGGUGCCCGACAGCUUGGACUCAAGCUCAUUGCCAACGUCACCUUCGGCUACACUGCAGCCAACUACUCUGGCCGCAUGCCCAGUGUUGAGGUUGGAGACAGCAUCGUUCACAAAGCCAGAGAAACCCUGGAGAGAGCCAUCAAAAUGGUCAAUGACACGAAGAAAUGGGGAGCGCGUGUUGUGUAUGGUGACACAGACAGCCUGUUUGUUUUGCUGAAGGGAGCCACCAAAGAGCAGGCGUUUAAGAUUGGCAACGAGAUCGCUGAGGCAGUGACUGCAACCAAUCCCAAACCUGUCAAGCUCAAGUUUGAAAAGGUGUACCUCCCCUGUGUACUGCAGACAAAGAAGCGCUACGUGGGAUACAUGUAUGAAAGCCUCGACCAAAAGGAACCCGUGUUUGACGCCAAAGGGAUCGAGACAGUGCGCCGCGACGGCUGCCCCGCUGUUUCCAAGAUUCUGGAGCGUUCCAUUAAGCUGCUGUUUGAGACGCGGGACAUCAGCCAGGUGAAACAGUUUGUGCAGCGUCAGUGUGUGAAGGUCCUGGACGGUCGGGCCAGCAUGCAGGACCUGACCUUCGCCAAGGAGUACAGAGGCACUGGCUCGUACCGGCCCGGAUCCUGCGUCCCUGCACUGGAGCUCACCAGGCGUAUGAUGGUGCAUGACCGUCGACUGGAGCCCCGUGUGGGGGAGCGGGUGCCCUACGUGGUCGUGUACGGGAUGCCCGGCUUGCCCCUCAUCCAGCUGGUGCGUCGGCCGAUGGACGUUCUGCAGGACCCCAGCCUCCGCCUCAACGCCACCUACUACAUCACCAAGCAGAUCCUGCCGCCGCUGGCCCGCAUGUUCCAGCUGAUCGGAGUGGACGUGUUCAGCUGGUACCAGGAGCUGCCCAGGAUCCAGAAAGCCUCCUGCUCUGCAGCUGCCGGAGGAGAGGAAGCAGGGAGGAAGGGAACCAUUUCUCAGUACUUCACCACGCUCCAUUGCCCCGUGUGUGACGAGCUGACCCAGCUGGGCGUGUGCUCGCGGUGCCGUGCUGAACCCCAGAGAGUUGCUGUCACACUCUACCAGGACAUCAGGCAGUGGGAGAGUCAGCAGGACCAGCUGCUGAAGGUCUGCAGGAACUGCAGCGGCUGUGCAGAGCGGCAGGUUCCCUGUGUGUCCCUGGACUGUCCUGUCCUUUACAAGCUGGCCCGGGUCAACAGACAGCUCUCCAAGGCCCCCUACCUCCGACAGCUGCUGGAGCAGUUCUGAUUGGCUCCUGAACACAGUGCUCUCUGCUGAUUUGGUGCUAACUGUUGCCCCCCCACCCCAUCUCAGUGUUUGAUUGUCAAUUCAGUUGUAUAGUUAAAAUGGUGCUUUGAUUAAACCCUGUUGGGUUUUCAUCGUCUUGUAACUGUUACUUGCUAUUCAACCGUUUUUCUGCGUUUGCAGACUGUCUGGUUUGAGCCUCCUGAGUGUGGGAGGGGCUCCCUCCCCCUCAGGGUUCUGUUCGUCUUCAUCCUUGUUUGCUGCCAUCUCCAUUAGCUGCUGUUGGCUGAGUGAAGCUGAUGUGUGGGGUGACACAGCUGCAGACUGCCUGUCAUGGAACUACGUGCAGUCCAGUCAACAAUGACUUGUUGUCUCUUGAUAGCGCAGAAGCAGUUGGAAGUCUUUUAAGGAGCUCCUUACAAAUCUCAAGACAACAUUCUGCAUUUCUAUAUGACGACUGCAGGCAUGUAAAUACUUCCUGUACAUCUCCAUCUAUGACCCCACUGUUCACUAGCACCAGAGAAACUCUAGCUCUGGCCAUGAAUGCAAUCAAACUGUCUUUAUGCGUUCUGUUGUUCAUUCAUUUCACUUCGAUUGUACUGAUGUCCAUUUUGGCAGAUUUGACACGUCAAACUCUCUUCAGAGUGGAAACUGAUACUAUUUCAGUUUUUUUAAAUCUGGGACUGUUGCAAUACUGUAUUUUGAUAAUGUAUGUCAUGAAGAGUAUUAUUUCCCUGUGCAUAUGGUUUUGUUUACAUUACCAAGUUUCUGUGCAGAAAAAAAGCUGUCAUCAAACUCUGUAAAGUCCUGAUGUUCAGUUCUACAUACAGCCAUACACAGGAUCUGUCUAUUUGUAUAAAUGUAAAUAGUGAUUAUGAAGGAGGUGUUUCUGUGUUUUUAAUGGACAUUGCUGUAGGUGGAGGUUUGAGAUUGAUAUAAUAAAAAGUCAAUGUAUCUGAA